AUGAGGGCGCGGUACUCCUCCUUCAGCCGCGACGCCCAGCCCUCCCGGUCCCGCGGCCCCGCCACCGUCCGCAGCAGCGGCAGCUCCGCCACCGCCCGCCGCGCCGCCUCAUCGGCCAUCUCCCCGCCGCCGGAAGCGGCCCAUUUUGGCCCGAAGCGGAAGGGGGUGAGGGCUGCCCCAGCAGGGCUCAGGGCUGCCCCUCGCCCUUGCCCAGCUCCAGCAGGGAGGAGAAGAGGCCGAGGACGUUGCUUCGCAGCUCCUGGGCCAGCGGUGUCAGCUGCUUGUUGGCUCGGUCCAGAGGUUUUCCCGCAGCAGAUGGAGGGGGUGAAGCUGAUCGUCACCAAGACCCUGAGCAGCCACUUCCAGGUGACGCACACGGUCCACAUGAGCACCCUCGGCCCCUCCAGCUACCACUUCAACGCCACCUUCGUGGGGGACCGGCAGCUCGGCCCCACUGAGGCCUUUCCCACGCUGGUCGGGGACAUGGACAACAGUGGCAGCCUCAACGCCCAAGUGCUGCACCUCGUGGCCGAGCGCAUCCGCACCAAAGCUGUCUUCCAGACACACCAGGCCAAGUUCGUGACGUGGCAGUUCGACAGCGAGUACCGGGGGGAUGACUGCACCGCCACCAUCACGCUGGGCAACCCCGACCUCCUUGGCGAGUCUGUGAUCCUGGUGGCCCACUUCCUCCAGAGCGUCACUUCCCGCCUGGUCCUGGGUGGGGAGAUGGUUUACCACCGGCGUCCGGGGGAGGAGGGAGCCAUCCUCACGCUGGCGGGCAAAUACACGGCUCUGAAGUGGGUGGCAACGCUGAACGUGGGGUACGGUGGUGCCCAUGCCAGCUAUUACCACCGAGCCAACGAGCAGGUGCAGGUCGGGGUGGAGCUGGAGGCCAACACGCGGCUGCAGGACACCACCUUCGCCUUUGGCUACCAGCUUAACCUGCCACAAGCCAACAUGGUCUUCAGAGGGCUCCUGGACAGUAACUGGAGUGUUGGGGGGGUGCUGGAGAAGAAGCUGCCCCCCCUGCCUGUCACCCUCGCUCUGGGCGCCUUCCUCAACCACUGGAAGAACCGUUUCCACUGCGGCUUCAGUGUCAUCGUGGGCUGAGGGGCCGCAGAGGCGGGCGGCACGUGCCACCGUCCUGCUCAGGGAGCCGCCGUGCCGUGUCGCGGGGGCGCUGGCUGGGCCCCGCUCUCAUGCUG